AUGGUCCGGGACAUCGCCGGCUUCUACUACGAUGCUGAACGGAAGAAGUAUUUCAAGAUCCAGCCGAACCAUGCAGGACCGGGGCAACAGCAUUCGAGCCAGGUGAUCAAGCAGAAAGAAAGCGCGAACAAGAGGCGCAAAAUCAUCCAUGAUCACCGUACCCGCGAAGCACGGGAGACCAUCUCUCGCUCCCGACUCUUAACUCAUCCUCUAUUAGGACGGCUUUCUCUUCGGAAUCAGCUUGGGCAGACUGCCGGUCGCUGUCUACCGCUACAUCCGAGUGAGGACGUGGCGGCAUAUUACGCAGCAGGUCUCUCGGAAAGCUUGCUAUGUGAGUCUUCUGAGACUCUUCCUGGUUUCGCUGUCGACGAAAAGAAUGGGGCAAUCAUCUUUGCCCGAUCCAACCAAGACAACAUUGGAAGCGAUACUCUCCAUUGCAUGCGAUCUGUCGGACCGGGCCGGUAUUCUGGAAUCUCUCCUGUAUUCGAAGCUAUGUCGGACUCUUUCGUCGAUAUGAGCAUCAGUGUCUUGGCGCGUAAGCUUUUUUAUGUGUCCAGUGGCCCAAUAGGCUCUCGAGUGGUAUUGUUGGAAGUCCCAAGAGAGGAAGACGAUCCUCAUUUCAGGAUGAUGGAUCAAGUCUGGACGUGCAAUGAUGAAACCGCCUGGCAAACAGCUGUAUCCCCCACUGGACAAUUCUUUGCCAUCGCGUCUUCCGAAGGUCUAACGCACUACAGAAUGGUACCAAGCCACCUGAUGGGUACUAGUAUGUGGGUGGCACGUCAAAAGCCAGCUGUAGCCGAGUAUAUGGCUGUUGCGUUUGGUCAGAACGAUCGAAUUAUUAUGGGUGGCAGAAGGACCGGAGAAAUCACGUUUUUCGAUGAGAGAACGAAUGGUUUUGUGACAAGGCUGCGUCACGCGGAUGCAGUCAGCGCCAUCGCAUUGGUUGACGAUAACAGAAUUGUUGCUCGUGGGCUGCAAACGAUGAGUCUGUACGAUCUCCGUUAUACCAAGCGACCUUCAAAGAAAGAGGUCGAGUCCAAGAUCGCCACAGCCCCUUACCGGACCUUUCAAUGGGAGAAUUCCUCCUUGAAAUUCAGACUCGGGUUCGACUACAGCUCGGAGCUGGGAAUCAUUGCUACCGGAUCAAGCAAGGCCAUGUCAAGUAACCACCUCCUACCGAACCACCACCAAACGAUUGACCUCUUUUCCGUCCGCACUGGCAAGAAACUCCGCUCCUUACCUCUUUCCACCGCCCACCAUACUCAAGCAGCCACCUGCAUCAAGUUUUCGCGCAUCAGGAGCACGCUUAGGCCGAAUUCCGAGUUGAGGAUCAUAGACAACGAGCCACUGAGCCUCUUGGCGAGCUCGGAAGGCAGGAUCCUCGAAUGGAGCUGUCAGGGGGAUGAAAUGGCCGGUAGUGAUAGUGAUGCGGAAUAA